AUGGGAUCAUUGCACCGUAAUAGUUACUUGCUUUCUAGAAUUAUUGAUGGUGGGCGGUUGGUAGUUUCAUCACAUGGGCAAGACUCAGUUUUGUUAAAAAGGCCUCCCUCAUCUCAUUCGUCAUCAUCACAUGAAGGAUUGCUCGAGUAUAUGUCAGACACAGCUAAUAGGACAGCGACUUCUUAUAGUGGAAUUGAAGGAGGUGUGAGACGGGAACCAGGAGCAGCGGACAACAAAGGGUCAGGGUCAGAAGCAUCGUUCAGUGAGAUGUUGAAGAAGAGUAAUAGCAUGAAGAAGGUGGCAGAGUCAUCUGAUCCAACCAAAGGAAGCAAAUGUGGUGGGAAGAAGAAAGGCAAGAAAGGGAGGCAGAUUGAUCCAGCCCUUCUCGGUUUCAAAGUAACUAGCAAUCGCAUGCUUAUGGGCGAGAUUUACCGUGCUGAUGACUUUUAA